AGAAUGAGCGUCUGGAGAGUGGUCUUGCUCAAUGUUUGGAUGCUGUGCUCCUCAACGAUAGUCAGUGGUAAUGAAGUGAUCGCCCAGAAUUCGUCAAUCACCGGCUAUGGAUACGAAGUGUUAUCGGCCAAGUUGGAAUAUCUGCAGCACAAGCUGAUCGAGAUGGAUUUCACGCUGAAGGAGGAUCGAGAGUCAACCAGCCAGCAGAUUGCACACCAGACAACCCUCUCCGAUGGAAUGCUGUUUGCAUUGAACCAACUUGGUCAAACGCUGGGCCACAACCUUACAGCGUUGCAGACUCAGUCGAAUAAAAUACUCUCGCAGCAGGUGGCUUGCGCCAGCCACGAGCAGAUGAGAAAGGAGAUCCUAACGAUCGCACCCAAGGAAUCGCCACUUAUCCGGACCUCGUUCAGUGGAGCAGGUUUGGGUCGGCUAGGCAACGCAUUUCGAUCGUGUAAGGAAGAACCAACGAAGCGAACGGGCAAAUACUUCAUCCAACCAACCAUGAACGACGAACCUUUCGCGGCCUACUGCGAGCAGACUCGGUUCGGUGGUGGGUGGCUCGUGGUCCAAUUGCGCUUCGAUGGAUUGUUGGACUUCCAUCGCGACUGGACCGAAUAUCGGGAAGGCUUCGGAAGCAUCGAUCGUGAGUUCUGGAUCGGUUUGGAACGUCUGCAUCGGUUGACGUCGGAACGACCUCACGAGCUGAUGGUGGAGGUGGAAGAUUUUGCCGGGAAUUAUGUGUACGCCCGGUACAAAGUGUUUAAGGUUGGCAGUGAGGAGGAUCAAUAUCCGUUGCAGGACGUGGGCGGCUACUCGGGGACGGGCGGCGACUCAUUGGCGUACCACAAGGGUAUGAAGUUUACCACGGUCGAUCGAGACAAUGAUCUAAAUGCUGAUAAUAACUGCGCCAUAUUGUAUGAUGGAGCUUGGUGGCACAAUAAUUGUCAUUAUUCCAAUUUAAAUGGCCUCUAUAAGGAAGGCGAGCAUCCACAUCAUAUAAAUUGGUAUUAUUACACGAAGGCUCAUCUCGGUUUGGCAUACUCGAGAAUGAUGAUUCGUGAAACCAACUAA